UUUGUCUUGAAGGCUGGUGGAGUUGCUGGUGUCUGUGUUGACUUGAUCCUUUUUCCCUUGGAUACUGUAAAAACAAGACUGCAGAGUCCUCAAGGAUUUAGGAAUGCUGGUGGUUUUCGUGGCAUCUAUGCAGGUGUUCCUUCCACGGCUAUAGCAUCCUUUCCAAAUGCUGCUGCAUUUUUUAUCACCUAUGAGAAUAUGAAAUCCAUGCUGCACCAUGGCUCUACGUCUUACUUGACUCCAGCAACACACAUGGUGGCUGCCUCUCUUGGGGAAGUGGUUGCAUGCCUCAUACGGGUUCCAUCUGAGGUUGUCAAGCAAAGGGCCCAGGUUUCUCCUUCCUCGAGUACCCUCCGGAUUCUCUCCCACACCUUGUAUCAUGAGGGUAUUCAAGGACUUUAUCGGGGUUAUAAAAGCACAGUAUUAAGAGAGAUUCCUUUCUCUCUGGUACAAUUUCCCCUCUGGGAGUCCUUAAAGGAUCUCUGGUCAUGGAAGCGGGGUCACGUGGUGGAUUCUUGGCAGUCAGCAGUCUGUGGAGCUUUUGCAGGUGGAUUUGCAGCUGCAGUCACCACACCUCUCGAUGUAGCAAAGACGAGAAUUAUGUUGGCAAAGGCUGGUUCCAGCAAUGCUAGCGGGAAUGUUCUGGCUGCCCUCGGUGGCAUCUGGAGGACACAAGGCCUUUCAGGCUUGUUUGCAGGUGUUGUCCCACGGAUGGCAGCCAUCAGCCUGGGAGGCUUCAUCUUCCUGGGGACAUAUGAGAAGACUCGCCAGCUGCUGCUCUGA